AUGAGCAUUGAUGGGGCUUUGACUAUGGAGGUUGAAGGAAAUAUUGAAGAAGAGCUUGGUCGAGGUAAAAGGUACAAGAAGCUAAGCUGGCAGUUGAAAUCUCCUUUUGAUCAGGAAAGAAAAGCGGGAACUUCGAAGUCAGAUGAUCAAAAUACUCCGAAGAGUUCAGGCUGGAUAAAAUCAACAUAUACUCGUAGGUGUAUUUUUCAUUAUGCCGCAGAAGAUGCAAAAUUAAUGAAGAAAUUCAUUGCGUGGUUGCGCAAGGAGAAAAGGAGAGGUCGCAAAAAAGAGGGACAAAUUGAUGUAUAUGCUGAUGAUAAUGGUGUGAGGAAAAAUCCCUACAAAUUGUAUCAUCAAAAAAUCAGUAGCAAAAUGUUCUUCCUUGAGUUUUCGGAUAGCAGUUAUGUACUUGAUGAUAAGCAUAUUGACAUUGCCCUAUAUUAUCUAAGAAAGAAGGAAUGCUACCACCCUCGCGAUCAUCCUUUUCGUUGCACAACUACUGAUAUUCUUUUUGAUAACUACAUGGUGCUUGUGUAUAAAGAUUUCAGUGAUGAUGCUACUGAUGACUUUUGGUGUGCUGGUGAUAAUCAGUUGUUUCUGACACCAUAUGUGUGGGGAGACAGCCGUAGAUGUGGAAUUGCUUGGACACAAGUUGACAAAAUCUUUUUUCCAUGUCGGCUUCCUUCUAAAGAAGAUAAUGCUGUCACACACUUUCUUUUGGGGGUGUUGGACUUGAAUCAGAAAAAGAUUGAUGUAUACGAUUCCAUAUACAGUGAGCCAUAUGAGGCAGGACUUAAUCACAUGGAAAUGUAUGCACGGAUGAUCCCCCACUUGCUAAAGUUCUCACAGUUUGACAAACAUCACAAGUCUUUCGGAAAUGUCUUCAACAAAUUUGAUAUUCAAUGGCAAAGAUCACCACGCCAAAUUGGAUCGACUGAUUGUGGUGCCUUUCUGAUCAAAUAUGUUGAGCUACUGAUGAUUGCAAAGGAUGUGGAGCAAUUCAAACCCGAAGACAUAAAAGACUUCAGAAGAGAACUUGCUGCAAAUCUUUGGGCGCAUGGUGAAUGGAAAAGAAAUUCUGGGUACGACACUCCACCAGAAAAUGUUGGGGAUGAUUAUGAGAGUGAAAAUGAAACCUGCUGUCCAAAGGAGUUGUAG